AUGCUGCCGCUAAAAAGUGAAAGACCGGAUACAUCCAAAAGCGAAGUGAAAGAAAAGAAAGAUGCAGUUGGGAAAAGAAGUAGAAGGAACAAGAAGGACAACCACAAGAAGAUAGAAGAAGAAGAAGAAGAAAAGAAGAAGAAAAAGAAGAAGGAGGGGAAAUGGUUUCUUCAAGCUUUUGAUAUGCUUGAUCAUGGCGUGACAGAGGGGAUUUAG